CGCUCCCGCGCGGCUCUCGAAUCGCGGACGUCCGGCCGGCGCAUCCAAUGGGAAGGCGGUGUGUGGCCACGCCCGCUGUGCGCGCCCCUCCGCGGUGGGCUUUUAAAGGCCGGCGGGGCGGUGCGGGGGCUCCCAGGACCUGCGCGCCGCCUCGCCUGCCGUAACCCCUCGCCGCCGCCAUGCUCUCCGUCCGCGUCCCGCUCGCCACCAUCGUGGACCCCCAGCAGCAGCAGCAGCUCCAGCUCUCGCCCCUCAAGGGGCUCAGCCUGGCGGACAAGGAGAACACGCCCCCGAGUCUCAGCGGGACCCGCGUGCUGGCCAGCAAGACCGCCAGGAGGAUCUUCCAGGAGCCCGCCGAGCCGAAAACUAAGGUGCUUGGCCCCAGCGUGGAGGACGAGCCACUACUGAGAGAAAACCCUCGUCGCUUUGUCAUCUUCCCUAUCGAAUACCAUGAUAUUUGGCAGAUGUAUAAGAAAGCUGAGGCUUCCUUUUGGACAGCUGAAGAGGUGGAUCUUUCCAAGGACAUUCAGCACUGGGAAUCCCUGAAGCCUGAGGAGAGAUACUUUAUAUCCCACGUUCUGGCUUUCUUUGCGGCGAGUGAUGGCAUAGUAAAUGAAAACUUGGUGGAGCGGUUUAGCCAAGAGGUUCAGAUUACAGAAGCCCGCUGUUUCUAUGGCUUCCAAAUUGCCAUGGAAAACAUCCAUUCUGAGAUGUACAGUCUCCUCAUUGACACUUAUAUUAAAGAUUCCAAAGAAAGGGAAUUUCUCUUCAACGCCAUCGAGACAAUGCCUUGUGUAAAGAAGAAGGCAGAUUGGGCCUUGCGUUGGAUUGGGGACAAAGAGGCUACCUACGGAGAACGGGUUGUGGCUUUUGCUGCUGUGGAAGGAAUCUUCUUUUCUGGUUCUUUUGCGUCAAUAUUCUGGCUCAAGAAACGCGGCCUGAUGCCUGGCCUCACGUUUUCCAAUGAACUUAUUAGCAGAGAUGAGGGUUUACACUGUGACUUUGCCUGCCUGAUGUUCAAACACCUGGUCCACAAACCUUCCGAGCAGAGAGUGAGGGAAAUAAUUAUUAAUGCCGUUCGGAUAGAGCAGGAGUUCCUCACGGAGGCCUUGCCUGUGAAGCUCAUUGGGAUGAAUUGCAUGUUAAUGAAGCAGUAUAUUGAGUUCGUGGCAGACCGACUUAUGCUGGAGCUAGGUUUUGGCAAGGUUUUCAGAGUAGAAAAUCCAUUUGACUUUAUGGAGAAUAUUUCACUGGAAGGGAAGACUAACUUCUUUGAGAAGAGAGUAGGCGAGUAUCAGAGGAUGGGAGUGAUGUCAAGUCCAACAGAGAAUUCUUUUACCUUGGAUGCUGACUUCUAAGAGAAAUGAAGAUGUGCUCUUAUUUUGCUGAUUUUUUUUUUCCCCUUUCUCAUCCAAAAAAAAAAAAAAUCAGCUACUUGAAGUGUAUCAAACCAGCUACACCAUGAAUUAUCCAUAAUGUUCAUUAAUAGUAUUGUUAAAACUGUGUAGCUACCUCAUAAGCAAGCCUGUUGAUUAGUGAUGCUAGUUGUCUCACCUAGAAAGAAGCAUAGACAAAAGCUCCUCGGAUUCUUAGGAAAGACCUUGGCCGUGUUUGGCUUUUGCAGGCAGGCUGGCUGUCCGUGAGUUCACCGUGGCUCUUAGUGGCAGUCAGGGCUCAACAUGUGUGGACCCUGGAGUGAGUCAGAUCCAGCAGGAUUAAUCAGUCAGUUACUCAAAGGCCCUUGGGAGGUCUCAGCCUUGGUGCUUCAAAGCAGAUUUUAAAGUUUACUUACUGAUUUGUAUAUAAAACUGGCACUUUACAUACAAAUAAACAGAGUUUGUACUGUUGAAAUAAAGGCCUGAUUUAACCUAAUUUGGUUUCUAGCCCACAUGCAAAGCCUUCUAUUGACCACUAAUGGGAGCUGGUCUGGAUUUUACUAGGUGGCCAAAGUCCGUCAAACCUGUGCAGAUCAUGAUGCACGUUAUUUCUAUUCUUUAUUUUCUAGAAUGGAUGUGCUCUUUGAUCAACUUCAAAGUCAGCCCUGCACAUACCUAGGUAUUAGCUAGUUGGUGCCACAAAGAGGACAGGUUGUGGUUUGUAUUUUGGAGGCCAGGUGGAGUGUUGUGGAAUGAGAGCGAGGGGAAAGGAGCUUCUGACUUCAAUCAUUGGAGCUUGCAGUGUGAUGCAGGCUGUCUGCCGGUCACCCGGGGAUGUGAGAGGGGCAGCAUCC